GCCGUGUCCAGGCAACUCCGUGUCCAGGGAAGCGGCGGGAGCGCGGCCCCUCCGAUGCUGCCCACUGCCCAUGGCUUUCAGGGAUGUGAAUGCCAGGAGACACAUUGGACUCCAGCAGCUCUCAGCCUUAGCAUCCACUGGGAGAACAUUCCUGGGGCCAGUGAAAUCACAUAAAUUCAUUGUGGAUGAAAUCACCAAGCAGAGCACAUUGAUUUGUUCUGCUGUUAGGCUGCUGGAAAGUUUGGAUUUGACAAGUGCUGUUGGGCAGCUUCUCAACGAGAGCAUUCAGGCCCAGAAGGAGGAGUUUAGGACGGGGAUGAGCACCCUGUUGUUCCUGGUUGGAGCGUGGAGCAGUGCUGUGGUGGAGUGCCUCCAGCAGAACGUUCCUGUUCCAGCUAUAGUGUCUGUGAUGUCUGAGGGCUUGAACUCCUGCUGUGAGAGAGUCCAGUGUCUUCAGAUACCAACACACAAUGUAAAGAAAGAGCUGUGUUCUAGCAGAGUUAGGCCAAAGGCUUCUGAAAGCAAAACUGGCCAAGCUGGACGUGAUGCUCUUACAAAUCCUUGGGAUUUGCUGUGUUUUCAGAGAGAUAUUUCUGCAACAGAAGAAGUAAUCCAAAUAAAUUCUUGUUCCCAUCAAGGAGACGAUUGUAAUUUUAACAAGCUCCUGGUUUCACCCUUGGCUGGCUUCGGUUCAGUGGCUUCAUUUGUCAAGGCAGCGGGUGACAAAAGUUCACCCGCGCUGUCUGGAAGUGCUGUUACUGCUUCCAGCUGUAUCACACGGAAGUUAACCCACAGCAGACACUUCAGCACUCUAGGGAAAGGCCCUUCUGCAAGUCAGCAGGGACAUUUUCAAGGACACCUUUCAGGACCACUGGCAGAUGUGUGUGGGUGUUGUGGUUUAGGACACCUGGCAGUGGCUCUGAGCCACGGAAACCAGAGCAGCGUGAAGCUGCUACAAAGCAUUGCUGCCUAUCAGCGAGAGAGAGCAGAGGGCAGCGGCAAUUCCCAGAUUAACAUAGCAGAGAUUGUGACGUGCUGUGUGCUGGGCCUGCCCGAGAGCUAUUCCUGUGUCUCCCCAGGCUUUGUCACCUUGGUGUCACCAGAGCAAGCCUCGGUCAUCAAACACUUUGCAGACAAGCCCCUCCGCGUUCUGCUGAUGGACGGUGACCUCACGGAGGGGUACCGACACUUAGGGUUUAACAGACCACCUAAUGUAAGCACCAUCUUGGAGCAUCCCAAUCCACAGGGACGGGCAGGAGAUGCGUGGCUGAGCAGAACGUUGGAUAUUCUGAUGAGCUUUGAAGUAAACCUGGUUUUGGUCAAAGGAAACGUGUGCAAGAACCUCAUGGAGAGGUGCACGGCCAGCAGGAUACUGGUAGUUGGCUGCGUGGCCCGGCAUGUGCUGCGUGCCUUCGGGGCGGCCACCGGUGCCCGGGCAGUGACGUACCCGAGCCAGCUGAACGCUGCCUCCGUCGGGAGCGGGGCCUGGGCGGAGCUGUGGAAGAGCAGCGAUGGGCGUGCGGUGGAUCUGGGCGAGCUGCUGCCGGCGCGGAUCGGCGCGGGAGGCAUCGCGCUGCUCACGGCCGUGCUCACCACUGCCCUGCCCUGCAAGGCGCAGCUCCUCGAGGACCAGUUCUGGACUUCGCUGUAUCGGCUCCAUCACGCUCUGAAGGACGGCACGGUUUUCCCUGGGGGCGGUGCGGUGGAGCUCUUGUGCCUCAGUCACAUCCAGGCGCUGGCAGAGCGGCCCGGGCGGCCGGGAGGCGACGGAGCUGUGAGAGAGCUCCGCAGGCCCUGGCUGGCAGAGUAUAAACCCAUCGUGCUCCAGGCACUGGCGAGCGGCUGGAGGCGGUACCUGGCCGUGCUCCUGCGGAACACCGCGAGGGCCGGCUCGGAGCUGGAAGCAGGUGCCGCCGUGGAUCAUCACCUCCAGAAAGCAGCGGCCUGUGGCUCUCCCUCGGCUUACAUUUUGGAAGAGUUUAGGAGAGGGGGAGUGCUCGGGAGUGGCUCUGAACCCUUCCCUGAGCAGGUCACAGGUUUAGGGGUUUGUGAUAACGUUGCGGCCAAGACGGAGGCGUGGAGGAGAGCUCUGGACCUGGUGCUGCUGGUGCUUCAGACCGAUGCCGAAAUUAUCACAGGCCCCAGAGGGCAUCAGAUCCUGAACUCGCCUGUGUCAAGCGAAUUUAUGUUUUUAUAGGAUUUUGAGGAUUUAUAAGUCCGUGGGAGAAGGCUGGGUGCAACCUGCUUGUCUUUAUAAAGCAAACAGUGAGAUGUGAUUGUGACUUUAGAAUGUAACAGCACAAGUCAGAAUGAGAGACAGUCACAAAGUGAUUUCUUAUUUCUAGAAAUGAGAAUUAAAUAACAAACAAAAAACCACUUGUGGGUUUAUCUCUAACCCAGGCCAUGCAUUUCUAGCUAAUGGUGUUGCCUGUAUUGAUGUCCCCUAAUGUCUUCUGAAGAAAGGUGGAGAUCUCUUACAUUAUAUUGCUGUACUUGUGUUAAAUGAAAGAAUAUUUGUAAUUACUUCUUAAUUAAUACCUUUUUCUUAAUUUCUGUACAUUGCAAACAUAAGAGUUAAACUUGAAAUAAUGUGAGUGUUACAUUUUAUACUGAGAGUUUGUAUUUAUAGAUUCUAUUUUUGCAUAUUUAUAUGGUCCAUACAUCUCUGAUUUCCUAAUGUAGACCCUCUGGAAUUUCCCUGGUUUUGACCAAUUCAGGCUGAAUCCUUCCUUUUGGUAUUACAGACUGGAUGCAUCUCUACACAAAAUUUUCCUUUACCUUCCCAACUGGGUUUUUAGAUCAUUUCCAUGGGGUCUUUCAGCUGUCCUUGCAGAGAGGAAAAUGUUGCUGUUAGUUUUCAGUGCUGGCUAACAACUAAAUCUCUCCUGGUGACU